AUGGCCACUGCUCCCGCUGAAAAUCCCGAUACAACCAUGACCCAAAUCGAAGAAGAAGAAGCCCCUCAACAAGAAAGCCCUCAUUCCGAACCACCACAUUCCCAAUCCACAACCCUAACCCUAGACCCCCCUCAAGACCAAGAUAUCCAACAAAACCCACCUCUCCAAUCGCAGCCAAGCCCUAAAGGCAAAUCCGAUGAAUUUCCCGCCCGAUCUCCUCGUGGCACGACCACCACCACCACCACCACCAUUACCUUCUACCGCCGUGGAACGAAGCGAAAGAAGUUGGGUUCGAAGCGGAAAGCCGCCGCUUCGGGGAACAGCAAGGCCCAGCAGAAGCUUCAGACCCAGAGAGAGAUCCUAAAUCCAAUUCCCUUCGUGCCCGCCAAAAAUCUCGACUUCGAGAAGCACGAGAAGCUCUUGAAGCGGCUCAACCUGUGGGACUUCGUCCACGUCGAGUUUGAUCGGAAUCUUCGGGUUGAUCUUCUCGCUGAGUUAAUUUCCAGUUUCAACCCCACCCAGCGGGGCAGCUACGUCAAUGGGUCAAAGGUUAAGGUCAACCGGGCCGACUUGGCCCGGGCCUUGAAGCUUCCUUCAAAACCGGUGAAGAAGGGUGGUGCUGUGCCAGUAGCGGAUGGUGCUGAGGAGCCUCCUGCAGAGGCUGCUUCGGAGGAGUCCAUAGCUUUUAUCGAAGAAUUGGUAUCGAAUUGGGUGCUUUUGCACGAGGAUACGUGGAUGAUGCCGAGCGAGGUGUUGAAUUGGACUAAGGCAAUCAAAGAGGGGCAUUUUGUGAAGAUGGACUGGGCUGGUUUGAUUUGGUUCAUGGUGGAGAAGGAGUUGGCUCAGGCCCCUAAAUUGGGGGAUUGUUACUAUGCGUCACAUUUGCAGUGUUUGAUAAAAUCACAGCACGCGAGGUUCCUUACGGUGAAGGAACAAGAGACUCCUCAGUUUGAUGUUAAUGCUGUUGAUGUUGAUGCGGUUGAUGUUGAUGCGGUUGAUGUCGAUGCAAAAAUGGAAGAAGAGGAGGAGGAAGAGGAUGGUAGCAGGGAUGUAAAAAUGGGCGGGGAGGAUGAUUUACAUGGACACGGCGGAUUGGAAGAGCACAACAUUGAAUUAUGCCUUGGCCAAGACAAUGUGGAUACAGAUGAUUUUAGGCAAGAGCAAGACAACGAUGUGGAUACAGAUGAUUUUAGGCAAGAGCAAGACAAUGUGGAUAGUAUGGAUGUUAGGCAAGAGCAAGGCAUUCUGGAUAGAGCUGAUAUUAGGCAGGACAAUGUUGAUAGAACUGAUGUUGGGCAAGAAAACCUCGAGAAAUCUGGUGUCGAGAAGGAGCAAGUUGGGGUUGAGGAUGUAAUGGAUUUUGAAGAAUGUAAGGUGGAAGAGCCUGGCCAAUGGUUUUUGGGUGGGCAGGGCAGUGCAAGUGAACCUGUUUUGCAGCGGUGUAAUCUUCGUGGAGUUAAUUUGGAUUGUGGCGAGGAGGGGAAAAAAGAUAUGGAGUUUUUUGAAGGAAUAGAUGAAGAAGGAAAUGAAGAGGAACUAGAAGAGGAGGAGGAGGAGGAGGAGGAGGAGCAGGAGGAGCAGGAGGAGGGAGUUUGCUGGGGAGUUUCUUUCUUCAAGGGACGAUAG